AACCGCAAAAGUAAAGAAGUUAUAAUGGAGGUUGGGUUGAGUUUGCGAUCGUUUCGUUUGUUUUGUUGGGUAGAAAAGUUCGAAUUUGAAUAGUUAUUGACAAUUUUACUAGUGAGGAAUUCAAAUUUAAUUUUUGUGUCCUACCGAUAUGGUUUAUUUUUAUGUGUUGUCAAACAUAUUUUGUCUGAAUACGGUAAUAACAUUUAAAGGAAAUUGUGCUGUUUUAAACGUCAGUGCAGUGAAUUGAUCGAAAUACAAUGUACUUAUAAAUACUGUUUAAAAAAUUAAUGAUUUUAUUAUAAUUCCAUUUUAAGUGUCGUUUUAUUACUGAAAACAUGUCCUCAAGUACUGAACAUCAUAUUCCUUCAACACAAUCUCUUGUCAAAGAGCUCUGUAAACAUAUGUGCUAUGGAAUCGAACCUAGUGAGGGUGCAAGGAUAGUGAAAUCAUCUCUGGGUAUUAUCACAUCACAAGAUGUGUCAUUUCUGAAUAGCUCAUUGUCAGAUAACGAUGAAUUUGCAGUAGUAGAGAAAAUCAAGAAACACUUGAAGUUGACUGGCCGUGAACAUGUUGUAACACAUUUUGAUGCACUGCAUAGAAAACUUGUUACAGUUUCCCAUACCGUGUUGAAAAACAGAUCAGCUAUUCUGACAUUGUUUCUUCGUCUCAGUGAAGGACAAGGAGGUUCUUCUCUGAAUGGAAAUAUAGAACUUGGAAAACAUCUAUCUCAACGCUCCUUUGACAGCUUGGCUAUAAGUGGAAGUGUUGCGUCUGUGCAUAGCGGUCGAAGCAGAGCAGGAUCAGAUCUCAUACAGCGAUCUCCCGGCUACAAGAUUCCUUCAGCCACAAUGAAACAAUCCAAUGUUGAUUCUCUUAAUUGGAGCAACGGUCUUCCUAAAGAUAAUUCAUACAGUGUGAAUGUGAACACAGAUAGACGCACAAAUCAGCGUAGUGAGAGGCCAGAAACUAUCACAAGAUCUGUCAAUUCGACCCCUCCACGAACCCCACGCACUGGUAAAUUCGAGGUGUCUGAAGUUCAGAUUCUUCAAGAGUUACUGUUCUGUUUCCAAGGAAUUGAGGGAAGUAUACUUAAGCUAGAUACCGACAAUGGAUUCAAAAUUGACCCAAUGGCCAGUGUACCUCAGCCACACAUGGUGAGGACGUUGAUGGAACUCGGCUAUCUGCACAACUGUGUGCAGGGCCUGUGUCAGGAGCUAGAGGAGGGGGGAGCUGUGGCUCGUGCUCUUACUUGUGCUAUCAGGACAGAACUCACCAACUACUAUUGUACAGUCGCACAACUCAACUCUGAUUUAAAACAAAGCCUGUCACUGAGUGAGGACUCGCCAAUGUCGGAGGAAACACUAAGCUAUGCAGGUCUGAGCUUGCGGCGGCUGUAUGUGUGGGUGCGAGAACCAAUGUGGAAGUUCCAAAUACUAACAGACAUCUGCCGUGUAUGUGUCAAGCAGCGAGGUGGUGCGGUCGUGUCCUCUGCUUACACAUUCUCCUACCAUGGUGAUCCACAGGCUCAGCGUAUUGCCGCCAGCAUUUUGACAGCAGCGACUCGGCCACUCUUCACACUGAUGUGCCAUUGGAUAAUUCAAGGGGAAUUAUAUGAUCCCGAUGAUGAGUUCUUCGUUGCUGUCAAUAAGAUGUGUCUCUCGCACAAUCGUUGGAAGGACAAGUAUUUGUUGAGGAAAGAACUAGUGCCAGCUGUAAUGUCUGAGAAGCAAGCUAUGAUGGUGCUUAAUGCAGGAAAAUGCAUAAACUUCCUGAAUGAUAUUUGUCAGCAGAAGAUGCCAGUAACAGGAGCCAGAGCCAAACUUCGACAGUUGGAGAGUUCUCAAGGAGGAGAACUGCUACAGUUAGCUGAGCCUGCCAGUCCUCUGGCCAUCAUCAUAGAGUCUGCUUUCAUGGAGGCAUCACAGCUGGUGUUAGAGACUCUCAAGACUCAGUUCAAAUUGUACGAGAACUUCCAGGGGCUGCGGCAGUACAUGCUCAUGGGGCAGGGUGACUUCUACCGCUACCUCAUACAACUCCUAGAACCAGAGUUGAACAAGAAUGUAGAACAGGUGUACAAUCAUAACCUAAUAAGUAUCCUGGAAACUGCGAUCCGAGCAACCAAUGCUCAGUUCGAGGAUAAGGAGAUUCUGUCUCGGGUGAGUGUGACGAUGCUGGAGCCUUCAGCAGGUGACACUGGCUGGGAUGUUUUCAACGUCGUCUACUGUACCUCUGGCCCUCUCGACACUGUGUUCCAACUGAGUGACGGUACUUACCAGGCAAUGUUCCUGUUCUUGUGGCAACUCAAGCGAGUUGAGUACUCCCUGUCUAACUUUCGUAAACAGCAGACUUGCGUGUUGAAGAAACUGCAAAGGCGGACUGAUUUCUCAGAGCUACAAGCUAUGCUGAACCACAUGAGUCUAGUCACAGCGGAAAUGGUCCACUACAUAAACCAAGUACAAUACUACAUCUUGUUCGAGGUCAUAGAGUGUUCAUUUGAGAGUUUCGCCAAGAAAUUUGCAUCUGCCACAACCAUUGAACAAGUCAUACAUGACCAUGAAAUAUUCUUACAGGAGAUAAAGAUGAAAACACUACGAGAUGAAAGUGCUAAAUCUCAGUUGUUAUCAACAUUGAUGAGUAGCCUGAACCUGUCUAUCCUGAAUCUGCUGAGUUUUGGGAGUCAGUUCCUGGGAGCAGCUGAGGAGGAGCUGGUACGGCGCUGGGAGCGGGAGCAGCAGAUACUCAAGGAUGGUACUUGCUACAAAGAGGAAGCACAGCACAAGCUGCUCGUGCGACAGUUCAGUAGUAGAGUGUUACAUGCCAGUAAAGAGGUCGGCCUGAUUUCCUGCAGUUACCAGGAACAUAUGAGAAAACUACUGGUGCAGUUGUCCUCAGAACAAGAUGACCUGCAGCUACUCAGUACCAGAUUGGAUUUCAACGAGUUCUACAAACGUGCUGAUCCGGAGCUCUCAGAGAACAUCAAGUUUCGCAGAGUUAGCAACUUCCUUGGCAUUACGGUGCGAGAAUGACCUAUUGAUCUACAGCCUCCGUCCCCUUCACGAGACAUAGGCAAUCCUACUGCUGCAGCCGAACUCGCACAACAAAACCAGAUGUACCCAGAUUUUGACCUUCAAGCCAUCGACUUAAAUGAGCAGUUGGAGGAUUUUGUCAAUGAAGGUUUGUAUGACAAUAGUGACACAGAGAGUUCUCUGGGGAGGAUGGUCGAUGAUGAAGUUUCACUUACUGGUGACUCCUUGAGGGAAAUCGAUUUGGAUAGAGAUUUGCUUUUGGGAGAAGAUAUUUAUGAAACUAUUCAUUACUACAGUAGAAAUGUGAAUCGUGAGUUUGUGAAUAUCAGUCCAGUAGUAUUUGAUUACUCGAGCUCUUUGAGUUCAAGUGCCAGUGAAAGUGGUGAGAGUGUGGGUCCUUCGGGUGACUGUGAUGCAGCUAAGUCAUAUGAUCAUUCGGACAGUUCCCACUCAGAUGUUGGAUACUCCUCCAACUUAAACACCACCAAUAAUGAUGAGAGUCUCACCGAAAUCGCUGACGUCAAGAAAAAAGAAAGUUUCUGUUCUUAUCAGCCUAGGAAAAUCUCUAAAGAAGAUCCAAUAGGACGUAGUGUCAGCGAUUCUUUCCUGAAUAGAAUAAAGGGAUUUAGAUUUUUGAA